GCGGACGCCAGGCCACCCGGCUAGGGGGGAGCAGGAUGGACAGAGCCGCUGGGGCCAGGAACCGAGGCCGGUAGGGAAGGAUGGACUCCCGGACCUGCCAGGACAGGCAGCCCAGUGACCACCCCAGCAGCAGCAGCAGCAAUUGUAGCAGCAGCAAGAGUAAUUGUGAAAGGGAAAGGAUCCGGAGUCAGAUGAAAAUGGUGAUCGGGCAACUGGAAGGCAUCUUACAGGAGCUCAAGGAGGUGGCCAAGGAGCUCCGGGAGGUGGUGAGCCAGAUCGACCGACUGACGUCCGACUUCGAGUUCGAGCUGGAGCCGGACGACUGGACGACGGCGACGGUCAGCAGCACCUCCAGCAGUGAGAAGGGGGGAGGCGCCUUCGAGCUGGGACCCCUCGAUUUCUCCGCCUCCGACAUCCUCUCCGACAGCUGGGAAUUCUGCUCCUUCCUGGAUGCUUCCACUCCCUCCGACCCGGGCGACGGUCCCGAGCCCCCCCGGCCGCAGCCGCAGCCCCCCUGCAGAGAGCAGCCGGAGGGGAAACUGAGGCACGGCGUGGGGACGCAAAGCUGGGGCUCCUGCACAGCUCAGGGCAAAGCCGCUCACCUUGGGGCCAGGGAUUUAAAGCCAGUUGCCGCAGCCAGGGCCGUACGGACAAGGCUGAAUUACUGCAAGUGA